UCGGUGACCUUUCACACCGGAAACAAUCGUUGUAAACACUGUGUACAUUUGGAGGUGAGAGCGUUGCCUCCUAUGCAACAGAGAAAUGUCCAGAAACACGAGAAUAGCGUUGGUGUUUGGCGGCUUCGUGACGGCCGUAGCCGCUGCGUUUUACCCCAUUUUCUUCUACCCUCUGACCCACAGAGACGAAUACAGAGAAGUCCAAAAAGUGAACCGGACAGGAAUCAACCAGGCAGAUGUGCAGCCUGUGGGUGUGAAGACAUGGUCUGAUCCAUUCAAGUCUAAAUGAUGACCAGUGACAGCCAGCCCUUCACUAAUCCCAGACACUGAUGUUGAUGAAGACUUUAACUGAAGACUUUUUUUUUGUGAUGUGUGCUUGAUGUGUGCAUGAGUGAAUGAUUUCAAGAUGUGUUUAUUUUGAUUGUUAAAUGACACCCAGCCUCUUAAAUAAAGUUUAAAGUUUUAAGAAAA